AUGAAGCUGGCUCUGCUCCUGCCGUGGGCGUGCUGCUGCCUGUGCGGCUCGGCGCUGGCCACGGGCUUCCUCUACCCGUUCCCGGCCGCAGCCCUGCAGCAGCAGCACGGCUACCCCGAGCCGGGCGCCGGCUCUCCUGGAAGCGGCUAUGCGAGCCGCCGGCACUGGUGCCAUCACACGGUGACCCGGACGGUGUCCUGCCAGGUGCAGAAUGGCUCGGAGACAGUGGUCCAGCGUGUGUACCAGAGCUGCCGGUGGCCUGGGCCCUGCGCCAACCUCGUGAGGGCUCUCAUCAGGCCCACGUACAGGGUGUCCUACCGCACGGUGACGGCGCUGGAGUGGAGGUGCUGCCCUGGCUUUACCGGGAGCAACUGUGAGGAGGAAUGCAUGAACUGUACCCGGCUGAGUGACAUGAGUGAGCGGCUGACCACGCUGGAGGCCAAGGUCCUCCUGCUGGAGGCAGCAGAGCAGCCCUCGGGCCCGGACAACGGCCUGCCCGCCCCGCAGAGCACCCCGCCCUGGAGUGAGGACUUCCUCCCGGGCGCCAUCCCCCUGGCUCACCCGGGGCCCCAGAGGAGAAGGCCCACAGGCCCAGCUGGGCCCCCAGGGCAGACUGGGCCACCAGGGCCUGCAGGUCCCCCGGGCUCCAAAGGUGACCGGGGCCAGGCAGGAGAGAAGGGCCCAGUGGGACCUCCAGGGCUCUUGGGGCCRCCCGGGCCCCGUGGGCUUCCUGGAGAGAUGGGGCGCCCCGGUCCCCCAGGACCCCCGGGCCCAGCAGGCAGCCCGGGCCUCUCGCCGAGUGGUCCCCAAGGUGUCCUCUACUCUCUGCAGCCGCCUACGGACAAGGACAGUCCCCCCGGACCACACGGCCCCCCSGGACCCCCAGGAGCACCAGGAUCCCAGGGCCUGGCUGGCGGGCAGCCCGUGGAGGGACCGGCUGGCCAGCCUGGAGUGAAGGGAGCAGAGGGGGACAAGGCGGCGGCCACAGAGGGCGAGGGGGUGCAGCAGCUGCGGGAGGCGCUGAAGAUCCUGGCCGAGAGGGUCCUCAUCCUGGAGCACAUGAUCGGCAUCCACGAUCCCCAGGCCUCCCCUGAGGGCGGCUCCAGCCAGGACKCGGCCCUGAGAGCCAACCUCAAGAUGAAGCGGGGCGGCCCCCCACCCGACGGUGCCCUUGCUGCCCUGCUGGGUCCCGACCCUGCGCACAAGAGCGCUGGCCAGGCCAGUGGCAGGAAGUGA